GUAUUCUAUGCAUCUUAGUAUUGACAUUUUGCGUUCAGAUAAUUGACCGACAAAUGGUUAAAUGUUGUUGAGGCACUCAGGCACCACUUUUCUGAAAAACAAUGUUAUAUUAAUAUUCGAUAUUUAUCUAGGGAUACAAGUAAUGGAAAAGCGAUAUGUCAUUGAAUUCAGAGGUUGAGAAUAGUUGAGAUUUAAGGUCUUUCGGGUAAAAUGUCGUUCUAUUGUGUUUGAUUGCUUUUGUAAAAAUGGUACAUUCUUGUUAUAUUUGUAAAAUUUCAUCUGAGAAAGACCCAUCAGUAUCUUUUCAUAGGUUUCCCAAAAAUGAUGUCCAAAGAGAAAAAUGGCUUAAAUCUCUUGGUUUGGAUAGAAUGAAAAUCUCAACCAGUACUAAAUUAUGUUCAAAACAUUUUCCUGAGGACUCUUUUCGAGUUCGGGAUGGAGGACGACGAGACCUCAAACCAUCAGCUAUACCAUUGUUCAAUGGCAAUUUGGAGAAAAUUUAUUCAGAUGAUUCAAUUGUACCUGAAGAGAUGCAUUCCAUGGCUCCUAAUUCUGAUUUGUCAAAGGAUGAGAGUGACAAUUUUACUAUGUUUCUCACUGAUAAUUUGGAAUUGUUUCCUGAUCACAUUAUAAAAUCUGAUUAUUUAGAUGGUUCUGAUUUACUGUUAAACGAGUCCAUGGAGAUGGAGAUAAUGGAUACUGAGAGAAUUAAUAUUGAGAUGUCAAAUGUAUUAGAUCCUGUUUUUAGUGAACGGCUGUCUGAUUUGAGUUCUUCAAUAGAAGUAUCCCCUGUUUCUAUUUCAAAGACUCCUUCACCAUGUUCUGGUAAAGUAAAGUCAGAAUUUGCACUGAGUGAAUUUUCAGAAAUCAGUAAGCCAGUUCAGGCUCAAGAGAAUGUAUUAGAUGUAGACAGUUUGAUUUGUAAAAUAUCUGCAGAUAACAAUUUCAAAUGGAGAGCCUACUUUAAGCAAUGUACAGUAGAGGAUUUCUCAACACCGGAAAUGGCUAGAAGAAAUAUAGAAUUAGGUAAGAAAGAAAUAGAAUCUCACCAGAAAAAAAUUAAAAUCCUACAACAGCAGAACCGUAGGUUGAAGUGUAGGGUAACUAGGUUGAAACAAUUGCUGAAGCAGUGUAAACAGAAUAACUCGGUGGAUAUAGGUAAUAUUUUAGAUGAAGAUGAUGAAAUAGAUAUUUGAAUUUGCUGUCAAAAUUCAGAGUAUUAAUUGUUUUGAGGAACUGCUAGUAACUGUAAGAAUAAUUAAUUGAGCUCAAAAACAAAAAUAUUAUGUAUAUGUUUUUGGGAAUUUUAAUUGUUGCUUCUGAGCAGAUUACAUUCAUAUCAAAAAACUAAAAUGUUCCCUUGACAUUGAUAGCAUUUAUUCUUCCUCUGAAGAAACACUACUAUAGGCUAUUCACUUUAGGUAUGAAAUGACGUCACACCUAGAUUUUAGCACCACCUAAAAGCUUCUUGUUAGUGCUUAAAGAUUACACAAAUCUGGAAAUAUGUGCUAGUCCUAUUGUUGCCAUUAAUUCACAGUGCAUUCUGUUUGUAAUUCAAAUUUGACAUUUUCAUUUCAUUCUCUCAAAAUUGGUUUGGUUUGGUAACUCAAAUAAUAGAACAUUAUGCAAACAUGCACUUUUUCUAAAUUGAACACAAAAUUCAAAAGUUCAAAGGGAGAGUAUAUUUUGACAACCAAUAGUUGAUGUUGAUUUCAUGGAAAAAAUCUACAGCCUAGCAACAAUGCUGGAAAACAUUAAUGACGUCAAUUCAUUGCUAAGAUGAAUAUACCAACUUGAAUAAUUUGAUGGUACAUAUUUAAUGCAUUGUAUUGAGUGUAAUUUAAUAGUUUAAUGAAGAAUAUAUGAAUUUUUCAUAUUGUUUGAAAGUAAUGCCUGAAGCAUUGUUUUUCGGCCUAUGAUUCUUGGAAACCUAUUUCGCUAUCGACUUUGCUCAAAAUUCUACAAUAGUUACCAUUAUAGUAUUAUUUUAUUGAAAGAAAAAUUCACCCUCCCUCUUAUUCUUAUGUUUUAUUAGUGAAAUGUGAUAUUAAUUUUGUUUAGCUUCUAUCUUUCCAUUUCCAUAUUUUAUGGUAUAAAAGAACUCUUCACUAAAAUGGUCCUUUUAUUGAAUUAAUUUUUACAAUGUUCAGCAAUGAAUGCUUGACAUGUAUAUAAUUAUCAAUGAAUGUUUCAAACUAAAAAUUUUAAUUGCUGCUACCUUACGAAUUCUUUUGAUGAAUUUGGUAUUUGUCAAAAGUCAGAUCCAAAUUGUGCUAUCCAUUACAUAUCUCCUCUUUAUUGAAAUUCAUUACAAUAAAAACCAGCAAUGAAUGACCACUUUUACCUUAGUCAAUAAUGAUUGUUGUUACUUGAUAUUAACCAUGGUGGAAACAAUAAUGUAGACAUUGAAUGUAUUAUAGUUAGAAGUCUUAUGUCAAUGAUGUAUAUCAAAGCACUGGAUUUUGGAUAGUUUGUAAAGAAUAUUUGUUUUGAUUCAUUCAAGAAAUUAUCGAUAUAAAAUUGAAUAAGUUCCUAAAUUUACUGUACAAUACUAAAUGGAUAUUAAAUCUGAUAUUAGUCUGCAAUCAAGAUUCUCCCUAUUUAAUACUAUAAACUUUAUUUAUAGUAAGUAUUAAAAAUAUUUCUUCAAGCAUUCUCAACUGGUUUUGAAAAUAUUUUCUCUGUUUAAUGGAUAUUUGUUUAUUUAGUAAAAAAAAACAAGAACUGAUUUAGUUGGUAGCUUUUUUGUGCUAUUUUGAAUUAUCCUGACUGACAAAAUAGCUCUAGAAAGUAUUUUUAAUUUGCUAUGAAAACAUACUAUUUAAAGAAAUCUCUUAUAUCGAUUAUUUUAAACAUUGUCUAUUAGUCAUUUUAUGUAUUUUAUUUAUAUGUAAAUUUCAAAUUUUUUGUAUAUACCUUAUUUUCAUUUUUAUAUCUUCAUAAUUUAUUUUACAAUAAAAAAUUAAAUUGUA